GAGGCUCCUUCCCUAAAUAUGGUAUCAUACAUAGACACACAUUAAUGUUAUCUUCUUCAUUGAGUCCCUUGAUUGAAUGUUCCAAUGGCUACUUCCCCAUUCCCUCCCCCUAAAACCCUAAACCCUUCUUCUCCAUUUCUCAACUCCACCUCCCUCACACCAUUCUCCAAUCCCCUUCUUCAAACCCUAACCCUUAAACCCCAUCACACCCAUUAUUAUAAACCUCUUUCCAUCAUUUCCGGUAUCUCAUAUCCUUACCAAAUUUCCCUUUUCUCACGCCCGGACAUUCGUACCCAUGCCGGCCGGAGCAAGAAAAAACCUGGAGGCCCCUCUCCCGGCCGGAUUGAAGGCAACGCCGAUUUCCGACGGAAACUCAGGGAUAAUGCCCGCCGUAAAACCCAGAAGCUCGCCGAGUCCCAUUUCUACCGUCGCAAGAAGUCGAACAGAAAUUACGCGGAUAACUUCAGUGAGGAUGAGCUUCAACAGAUUGGCCUUGGCUACGAUCGUAUGGUUCGAUUCAUGGAGAAAGAUGACCCGAAUCUACGCCAUCCCUACGAUUGGUACAAGUACGGCGAGUUCGGCCCCUACUCGUGGCGUGGAGUCGUCGUCGGCGAGCCGAUUCGUGGGCGGUUCACGGAUGAACGAGUUACGAUUAUCAGUGAGGUUAAGGAUCAUGAGGAGUGGGAGAAGAUUGAGCAAUCAGAAAUGGCUGCUGAUUUCAGCACGGGAUUGCAGAGGAUGGACAAGAGCAAAGGAUUUCGUUACUUUUGGGUGUUCGUGAGACACCCACGGUGGAGAAUCUCAGAGCUGCCUUGGCAGCAAUGGACUUUGAUUGCAGAGGUUGUACUUGAAUCUGGUAAAGAAAGGUUGGAUAAAUGGAGCUUGAUGGGUAGGCUUGGAAACAAGUCAAGAAAGAACAUAACUCAAUGUGCAGCUUGGAUGAGACCCGAUAUCAUAUAUGUGAAAAAACCUGUUUAUCAGUGCAGAUUUGAGCCACAGGAUGAGUUUUUCCAAGCAAUGAUGCCAUUUCUUGAUCCCAAAACAGAACAAGAUUUUCUCUUUGAGUUGCAGGAUGACGAAGGAAAUGUUGAAUGGGUGACUUAUUUUGGUGGGUUGUGUAAGAUUGUGAGGAUAAAUCCAAAGGCAUUUAUAGAUGAUGUAGUGAAUGCUUACGAAAAGUUGAGCGAUGAGAAGAAAUCCAAAUGUUUGGAGUUUCUUCUGAGUAACCACCCUGUUCCAUUGCUGCAUCCAUAUACAAAAGAGUGGAAGGCUAAGUUGGAGGAGGAGGAGUUGGGAUGUGAUGCCCCAGACGAGAUGGAAAAUCGACGUAGGGACGACAAUGUGAUCACAGAGUGGAUUGAGACUGACAAUGAAGAAGAGUACGAGGAGCAACCCAAGGAGGAUAUCGUAAUGGAGGACAUGGAUGAGGACGAGGACGAGGACGAAGAGGAUGAUGAUGAACAAGAGGAGGGAAAUCAGGAAGAAGAAGAAGAUGAGGGUUACUGGGAUGAGAGGUUUAGGAAGGCAAUAAGUAGUCCAGAAGAGCUUGAGAAGCUGUUUAAACGCAGUGGAGAAAUGGCUGAUGAGUUGUAUGAGAAGGAGAAUGUGGGGAGAAGAAGGGCAACAGCCAUGAAAGACGGGGAUGAGGUGGAAAUGAGAGGGAAGAAACCAAAAGUGAAAGCAGAAGAAUGGGAGUAUAUUGGGUAUGGGCCAUGGAGGAAGAAGAUAAAGAAGAGUCAAAUUCCUCCAGAGUUGUUCUUGAGAUCUACAGUAAGGCCUUUCACUUAUAGGAAUCUUGUGAAGGAAAUUGUAUUGACAAGGCAUGCUAUUUUGGAUGGUGAAAUUGGGGUAUGAUCUUAUCAUUACUUUAUAGUAUUAUUUUCAAAUUGGAAUACAUAAAUUAAAACCAUUCUCACUGUUAUGGGAAAAAAUGGUGAAUUGGUUGUGAAGGGGAUUUUUGUUACAUAUAAAAAAAAAAAAAUAGUAGUACAUUGCACUUUUAGUAAUACAUGGCACUUUUUUAACUUAA